AUUACGUACCUGCUUUCAAGCGAGACGUAUUUACUCGUUUCCAUUUGCUUACUUGCUAGUACUACAUUGAUGUAUGUACAAAACAACAUUCAUUAACAUCGAAUGCGCUAAUGAUUGCUUGGUCGUCUACCAUAAAGUAACCUGACGUUUUUACAGCUGAUUUAGAUUGGUGCAUCGAACGCAUCUGGUACCUACGUACGCAGAAAUCGAAAUUUAAAUUAUUAGAACAAUUUACUAACAUAAUUUUAAUUUGGCAUUGCCAAAAUGAGUGCAGAAUCAACAGGCAGCGCUAUUCUCGAUCAAUAUCGCUCCAUAUCAAACAAAUUGAAAAGGCGAUUUCUACGCAAACCAAAUGUUACAGAAGCUUGUGAGUCAUUCACAGUUUUAGGACAACAUUGUGAAAAGGAAGAACUGCCCACAUAUGCAGGGUUGUGUUGGAUUGCAGCUGCACAAUGUGAAGGCUCCUUGGCCAACAUUCCUGGUGAAACGGCCUGUUUACGUCGUUCAGCACAACAAUUCCUAGCAUCUGAGAUCAAAUCUGUGAGUCUUGGCUGUCCUACACCUUCCAAUGAGAAUCUAAGUGCUGCUUUAAGUUGCUAUGCUCAUGCAACAACAAGAUAUCCAGAAAACAGUCAAAUCUUGGCUGUCAACAUUCACCUGGAGAUUGUGGAAGCUUUGAAAAAGCUGAAAUACACUGAUAAAGUGGAAAUGUAUCUGAAGAAUGCUGUGAAACUGUCAGAUAAUUCUCUGGAGAUGCAUUUAUAUUGCCUAGAGAAUUUGGGUGGUUUUUAUAUUUCAUGUGGUGAUUAUGUAUCUGCCCUGGAUAUUUUUACUGAGUUGGCGAACCUGAUUGAAAGCACACCGUCCAACGCAGCCCGCCGCGAUAUUUUAUUAAUGUGUGAGAUUAAUCGGGUCUUGAUGUUGCUGAUUCUACGACCAGUGCCACAGAGUUUAUCGGUGGAUUUAACACGUAUUCUAGAAAAGUACACCUGGAAUCAAAAAAUCGACAAGUCGCUGUCGCAACUUGGCAUGAGCGACGCUUUCUUUUUGUUAUUGCAGUCUUUGGUGCUAACCUGUCAGGCAAAUGAUGUGACCUGCACCGCACAUUUGGAGAAUGAGCUGUGGCAGUUUCUCAACGCACAACAAAAGGAUUUGUUGAGAGUUUUACUUCAGAUUUACAAGUAGCUGAUGUUUUUAUCCUUAACAUUCUUUGAAUCCUGUUGCAGUUCAUUUAAAUUAUGAUGUUUAUAUUGAACCUAUUGUAUCGUAUCGAUAUUAUAGUAUUAUACAGAUGCUAUUUGGGAUUUCUUAAUAUCUAAAUCGUAUUUUUAUGCCUCGGGACAAAUUCGGGUAAAAGUUAAUAUAUAAUUAAGAAUCAAUCGUAAGGAUAAGUUGUUAGAUAAGAUCAACAAAGCACAUGAUUAAAAGAAAUAAAAAAAGUA